ACUACAAUAUAAACGUACCUACACGAGCAUAACUUGGUAGUUCAUUUCAUCAAUUUCGUUCCAGCCGCUUAUCGCAACGGUCGUCCGUCGUUAUCGCACCGUCUCCCGUCCAACGCAACUGCUUAUUAAAGUUUAAUGACUGUUCGUUAAUUAAUAUUCUAGAAAUUUUUUUCGUCUAUUUUUCGUUUUACACAAAACGAACACGGUUGUGUCGUCAUCAUUUUUUUUGUAUUCACACACGCGUGCGCUAAAUCCGACGUCGACGUUUUGGCAAAACCGGGCGUUAUAUUGUACUGUCCGUAGCAUCCGUUGUACCUGCGGACGGUGGUAAUUAUUUUAGGACCGAGGAGUCCGAUCCGAUCUCGUUGGCCGCCCGCCAGGCUGCAAUACACGACACGUGCACGUUUCAUGUUCGACGCGAAGCGACUCGUGUCUAACGUAAGUCCGUUCGUCCGGCGGAUGAACAUCGUCAAGACCAAGAAUUUCGUCAUCGCCGUGGCCGUCCGCUUGUACAAAGUGGUUGUCGGCAAAAUGGGUGUUAACGGUGCCGACAAACAGGGUCUUACACAAUACAACGACAUGUUUGAAAUGGCGACUAGACUUUGCAGAAGUUACUUACCUGGAUCUUGGAAGAAAAUUACAGUUAAGGACAUAUGCGUAAAGCGAAUUAGUGGUGGAUUGAGUAAUUGGCUGUAUCAGGUGACAUUACUUAAAGGUAAUGCCGAACCUCGGGAUGUAUUGAUGAGGUUAUAUGGGCAAACACACGGCGAGAAUGCUAUUGAAAAUAUAAUUACAGAGUCUGUAAUAUUCACAUUGCUGUCAGAGCGUGGUUUAGGGCCUAAAUUGCAUGGAAUAUUCCCCGGAGGUCGUCUCGAAGAAUACAUUCCGGCUCGAUCAUUGAAAUCUGAAGAGUUGAGCGAUCCAAAAUUAAGCCUUAUGAUUGCAGAAAAAAUGGCUGAAUUACAUCAGCUCAACAUUCCAAUCAAUAAAGAUUCAACAUGGUUAUGGGAAACCAUGGACAGAUGGUUACAACAACCAAUUAAAGAUAUUAACUGGUUACGAGACAACAUGGAGCUUGAUCAGAUACUAUCCACUAAUCUCUGUGAUGAAGCCCGCUGGCUUAAAAAACAUUUGUCGAAAUUGAGGUCGCCUGUUGUAUUUUGUCACAAUGAUCUUCAAGAGGGCAAUAUUUUAAUGAAGGAAAAUGACCCUAACUGUCGAUCAUUAUGUCUUAUUGAUUAUGAAUAUUGUGCAUACAAUUAUCGUGGUUUUGAUAUUGCUAACCACUUUAUAGAAUGGACUUAUGAUUACACAAAUCCCAUUUAUCCACAUUACUCAGUUAACAGAGAAUUGUUUCCAACAAAAGACCAACAAAUUGAGUUCUUAAAGCGGUAUUCUCAAUGUACGGAAAAUAAAGAAUCAAUAGAAUUGUUACUUAAUGAAGUAAAUCACUUUAUUUUGGCAUCACAUUUAUUCUGGGGUGUUUGGAGCAUUGUCAAUAGUAAAAUGUCUAAAAUUACUUUUGGAUAUAGGGAAUAUGCGAUAGAACGGCUCAAAUCAUAUUUUAAGCUUAAAGAAAGUUUAAUAAAUAAUAAAUAGUAUGUAAUACAGAAAUACUUUGAGUACUUAUAAAAGGAAUAUGUUAAUUGUAGACCAAUAUUUUUCAAUAUUUUGGGAAAGACUGAUUUAUAUUUCAAAAGUUUGGUCCUUAAUUUAAUUAGUCUGAUUAUAUUGUCAUUUUCACUUACUUCACAUUUUUAUUUAAGUGUUCUUAAACUUAUUAUGAGCUUCUUUUAUACAUCUAUGUUGCAUUAAAAAUUAUAACAAAAGUU